AUGUUAUCGCUUAACAGUUCAUGUGCAUGUUGUGGUGUUUCCACAGCAACAAGAGCAUUCCAAUUUCAGUUUCGAACUUCACCUUCACUAUUUUCCUUCUCUCCCACUAAGAUUUUAAAACUUCGUUCUGGCAUCGCGAGAGCAGUUUCUGGAUUCUCCGACGAAUCCAACCCUAACGGAGAACCAAAAUCGAAUUACUCCGGCGUGCUGUUGGAAGAGAUCGUCGACGGUGGAAUCAAAUCUGGAAAACUGAGACUCGACAGUUGGAUCUCGUCUCGCAUCAAUGGAAUCAGUAGGGCUCGUGUUCAAUCGAGUAUUAAAGCGGGACUUGUUCAUGUCAAUGGCCGUGUUGUUGAUAAGGUUUCUUUCAAUGUCAGAGCUGGGGAUGAGAUCAAAUGCACAAUUGCGGAGUUGCAGCAGUUGAGAGCUGUGCCAGAAAACAUACCUUUGGAUAUAGUUUUUGAAGAUGAGCAUUUGCUAGUCAUAAAUAAACCUGCUCACAUGGUUGUGCAUCCAGCACCUGGAAAUACGUCUGGGACACUUGUCAAUGGCAUCCUUCACCAUUGCAACCUGCCAAAUGUUGAAUACUCUAAAGAGGAAGCUCUUUCAGAUACAGAAGAUUUUGAUGAUGAUCUUAAUGGCUUCUCAUCUAAGGCAAGUUCUUGUGAAGGGUUAGAUCCUAGAUUGUCUAUGCCCUCAAUUCGCCCAGGGAUUGUACACAGAUUAGACAAAGGCACGAGUGGGUUGCUAGUUGUGGCCAAGGAUGAACAUUCUCAUAAGAAAUUGUCUGAACAAUUCAAGCUACGCACUAUUAAGAGGGUCUAUAUUAGUCUCACUGCUGGGGUACCUACUCCAGUUGCUGGGCGUGUUGAGGUUCCGGUUGGUCGGGAUCCUAAUAACCGGCUUCGGAUGACCGCUGUUGCUGGAGCAGUUAAUUCUGUGAAGGCUCGUCAUGCUGCUAGUAGGUACAAAGUAAUUGAGAUACUUGCUGGGGGUAGCUGUGCAUUGGUUGAAUGGAAGUUGGAAACAGGACGCACUCAUCAGAUCCGUGCACAUGCCAAGUAUUUGGGUGUACCUCUGCUUGGAGAUGAGGUAUAUGGAGGGACCAAAAGCAUGGUCUUGUCACUGCUACGACCACGAACAACCCCGAGUUUGCAUGGCGAAAUGGUUAAAACAGUUUCUGAGCUAGACAGGCCUUGUCUUCAUGCUUUGACUCUAGGGUUUGAGCAUCCUCAUACAGGGGAACAAGUGCACUUUUCAUGCGAACCCCCUGUAGAUUUUAAUGAGAUUUUGAGCCAGCUUCGUAGAAUUGGCAGGGAUAGGAUUUCUUUAUCAAAGGUUAAAUUUGCAUAA